AUGCGUCUCUCUUUGUGGUCUCUGCUCCUGGGCACGACCCUGGCAGCAACCCCCGCGGAAUGGAAGUCGCAGUCUAUCUACUUCCUGCUGACGGAUCGAUUUGCCCGCACUGAUGGCUCGACCGAGGAGCCUUGCGAUACGGAGGCCCGGAAGUACUGUGGUGGUACAUGGCAGGGAAUCAUCAAGAAGCUGGACUACAUCCAGGACAUGGGUUUCACUGCCAUCUGGAUCACUCCCGUUACGUCUCAAAUCAAAGACACGACCGAGUACGGCGAGGCCUACCACGGCUACUGGCAGCAGGACAUAAACUCUCUCGAGGAGCACUACGGCAAGCCGGAAGACCUGACUGCACUGUCAGAUGCCCUCCACGAGCGAGGCAUGUACCUCAUGGUCGACGUUGUGGCCAACCACAUGGGAUACAAAGGCGCCGGUGACGCCGUCGACUACAGCAUCUUCACGCCGUUCAACAAGCAAGAGUACUUCCACGAUUACUGCCCGAUCAAGAACUACGAUGACCCGACGCAGUCGGAGCAGUGCUGGCUGGGCGACAACAAGGUCGCCUUGCCGGACUUGAACACCGAAAGCGAGGAGGUGAAGAAUAUCUGGUACAAGUGGGUUGGAGACCUGGUGAAGAAGUACAAGAUCGACGGUCUCCGUAUCGACACCGUCAAGCACGUCCAGAAGGACUUCUGGAAGGGAUACAACGAGGCCGCGGGCGUCUACUGCGUGGGCGAGGUCCUGGACGGCGAUGUCGACAACAUCUGCUCGUACCAGGAGGUCAUGGACGGCUUGUUGAACUACCCGAUCUACUACCCUCUGAUCAACGCUUUCAAGGCCCCCGGCGGCAGCAUGUCAGAGCUCGCCAGCAUGAUCACCACGGUCCAAGAGAAGUGCAAGGACGUCAACCUGCUGGGUUCGUUCGUCGACAACCACGACAACCCUCGCUUUGCUUCAUACACCAAGGACGUCGCCCUGGCCAAGAACAUCGCCGCAUACUCCAUCCUGGCCGACGGUAUCCCCAUCAUCUACGCAGGCCAGGAACAGCACUUCUCGGGCGGCGAAGACCCCGCCAACCGCGAAGCCACCUGGACCGGUGGCUACGACACCGAAGGCGAGCUGUACAAGGUGAUUGCCGCGUCCAACAAGGUCCGCAACCUGGCCAUCAAGCAGGACGAGAAAUACGUCGACUUCAAGACCCAAGCCAUCUUCUCAGACGACUCCUCCAUCGCCAUCCGCAAGGGCGCCGACGGCUCGCAGAUCAUCACCGUGCUCACGAACAAGGGCGAGGGCGGCGAGGCGACGGUCGAGGUCACGGGCACGGGCUACGAGUCCGGCACCGAGCUGACGGACGUGAUUACUUGCUCGCCCGUCAAGGCCGGUGACAACGGAUCGGUGUCGGUGCCCUUGAAGGGUGGCGCGCCGGCCGUGCUGUACCCGACCAAGAAGCUUGCUGACAGCAAGAUCUGCGCUUGA